AUGGAUCCCGAGUCCAACACACACACUUUGGCUCCCUCGAGCCGCGAUGACCCUCAGUCUGGACCGAGACCCUUUGCAACCAUCACUAAGGAUGAGGUCCUUGAAGUCGUGAGCAUGCACAAGCGUUUCUCCAUGCCGUCUGUGGCACCGGGGGUUGAGGUAACCGACCUGCCGAACUUUGACGAUGUCACGCUGUAUGAAGUGAGCGAAGAGGCCCAGGAACAGCUCUGGGCGAACGAGGUCGUUCGACUGCUUGAGGCUGUCACUAGCCCCGAACCUCUGGCUUUUGAAGGGAGCGAGGACCUGGCUGUCGACUCUAAACGGUCCUAUGAGAUACUCGCCGACAUCGCGGAUCAUAUCUGGCACGCCUUGAAUAUUGCCAAAUAUGAUGGCGAGAGUCUCCUCGCGUCGAAUUCUCAAGAACUGCAUAGUGUCGAUGACUUGAGGAAUAGUCGAUUCAUUCUCGACCACCUGUGUGACCAGGAGGAAGAAGACGAUGCCUUGAACGACUCCAGCGAAGCGAUGCCACGCCACAGCCGUCAAGACUUCUUCAACUUCGUCAACUACUGUACAGCCGUACUGACUCAGGUACUAUGCGCUACAGUUGAUGGCAAGACCUUCUACAUCAACAUUAUUGCCCACCUGGCCAAAAUAUCCACCAAAGUCAAGGUUGUGUCAACAAGACUGCAAGAAUGCGCUCAGAUCUCCAUCGAUAACGGUGUUACCGAUCGAAAUAUUCCUAUACCGGAUCAAGACGAUAUCCGUGGACGGCAAGGCGAGAACAAAAUGAUGGGAAAUAGUCCUGGAGACAAUAAACCUAAUAUUGGGCCCAUGCUUGAGAGUAUGCGAGGCUUCAGAGGAAAUCUUGCGCCGUUGGAGUCCAUCGGCAAGAAAGAUGCCAUGCGGAACAUUUACUUCCACCAGUGUGAGAAGUAUCGACACGGAAUUUUUGAUCUUCUCUUCUUCAUCAUUCUAUCUCUGCGUGGAACAAACAAGCUGGUGAGGAAGUCGGUCACGUCGUACGAAAUUUGCUCAAUGGUCUAUGGCACGGGUUUCGAGCGCUUUCGCACGCUAGUUCACCAGGAUUAUGGGAACGACUUUCUCGGCACCUCUGACAUAUCCAUGGUCAAUUGCGCCAGGAACUCGUUCAACUUGCUUGACAAGACCAUCCAGCGUGUUGAAAGCUCGCCACCUACACAUAACCGGCCGCCAGCUACCACACCAGGUGCGGAUACGCGUCACCCGCUUAUGCUCAAGUCCAUGAGCCAUGCCGUCACGGUCAUGAUUCCGUUAAUCAUGACGAGCCCGAGGCUCGUGGGCUCCGUGAGCGAGUUCAUCAAUGCGGUCAUCUUCAACGAGCUCCUGGACGAGCGGGAAAAGAACCCUAUAAAACCGCACGCGGUUGGCAAAUACACGGCCUUCUUUUGCUUGACCACGGCCGAGUAUGAUGCUGCGCAGCGUAAUCUCGGAUCGGGCGAGCCCGGUUCCCUCUCGAAAGCAUUGAUGCGGCGGAACAACUUGUUCGCGGGAAGACAACUUGCCGAUAUUGGUCGCGAGGCUAGCUUUGCUUUUGAUCCAAACGACCUUACAUGGCGAGCGUCCUCGGAUGACGACCAGACAACCCCAGAUCGGAUUCAACGUCACCAGCAGGAGCUUGACGGCUUCAGCAACAAGAUGAAGGCUUGGGUCCUCGAGGAAAAGGGCGUAAUGGUGCACUGUAGGCUCUACGUGUCGAUGCUCAUGCUCCUCUGCGUCUUGCUCGUCGCCGGUGGAGUGUCUAUUGGCGUGGCUGUCGGCGAUCGCAUCACUGGCGUGGACCCCUUCAACAUCACUACGUACUGCUGGGUGCUAGCUGCCUUUGUACUGCUCGUAGCAAAGAGCGUUCGCGUUCACAACUGGCCAUGGAACGACUUCUUGCACGGACGCGUCUUGUGCAAGAGUGUAUCGGAGCUAUCCUCGGUAACUGGUGUCAACGAACAGCUCAUCCUUGCGAAGAUACUCCAGGACGAGUCUAUAUCGGUCCUCCAGACCCGAGGCCCGUACAACACAGUGUUCAACCGCAAGUCGGAAGAUGGGUUUUCCAUUGACAGACCGCUGAGCACGUGGACAAUGCUACUCAGUGGGCUAAUCAUGAUUGAGGUUGAAUCCACACACGGGAGAGCCCUUGUCUGUCUCGACCUCCGGAGGGGAACGAAGUAUGGGCUGAUCCAAAACAUGUGCGUUUAUACAGACCAGGGGAAUGAGUUCAUUCACUGCCCCCGCCUACCAAACGAGAAGGAUCAAGAGGUGCACGGGGACCCAAACAGGAUCCGACUUGACGAGGGAAAAUUGAUUUGGUUACGCGCUCUUGGGUUCUACGUGAAUCGACAUGCCGAGUUCAUCUAG